CUCUUGCUGUCUUCCCGCUGCUGUGGAAAACUAUCGAUAAAUCAAGUGGGAGCCCUGGACUGCAGAGUGCACGUUUUUCUCCCAAGACAAACCUGGUAUCCCUGCAAGGGCGUGAAAGAGUCUGCUCGGUGUCCCAUGGCUCUGCAGGAGCUGGGUAUCAGCCUUUCAUUGAUAGGCGUUGCUGGGACCAUCCUGAUCUGCGCUCUGCCCAUGUGGAAGGUGACAGCAUUCAUCGGCACCCAUCUGGUGGUCAUGCAGGUGUUCUGGGAAGGUCUGUGGAUGACCUGUGUCAGUGAGUACACAGGUCAGCUGCAGUGUAAGCUUUAUGAUGCCCUGCUGGACCUGUCACCAGACCUCCAGGCUGCCCGUGGCCUCAUCUGCAUCAGCCUGGUGCUGGAAUGUUUGGGAUUCCUCAUCUUUCUUCUGGGAGCACGCUGCACCAACUGCCUGAGCCACCCAAAGAUCAAGGCUCGGGUGGUGCUGGGCUCUGGCACCACCUUCUGCCUGGCAGCCCUCACCACCAUAGUUGCUGUUUCCUGGACGGCCAACUCCAUCAUCAGGGACUUCCACAACCCUCGUGUCCCUGAGGUGCUGAAAAGGGAGCUCGGAGCAGCCAUAUAUAUAGGCUUUGUGACAUCUGGGCUGCUGUUCUGUGGGGGAGCCAUUCUUUGCACAAGCUGCCCACCACAGAGGGCACAGUUCCCCUCCAGUGGGUACACACGGGCCAGGACAGCCGCACGCAGCAGCUACGCCAUCAAGAACUAUGUGUGAAGUGAGGACAGAGUACUGAACACAGAUCAGCCCGUGUGUUUCAAUGCUGAAAACUCAUCACAGACAACCACUUUAGCAAAAGUGUAUUUGACUGUGAUACAACAUGGUCAGUCAACUACAGAUACAUGCAGACCAUAUAUAGAUAUUAAAAAACAUGUUUAAAUAUGAAGAGACUACAGGCAUGCUUUGCAAUGCAUUCUAAUGUGUUGUAUUUUUCUACGGGGUGAGACACAUGGAUUUGGCCAUUGUAAAUAUAGUUACUUUACGUCUGUCCAGAAUGGCGUCAAUACCAGCCAUUUACAGAUAUUUGUCAGUGUUUGUCAUGAAAUGUGCAGGUGAAUUAUUAGAUCUCCAUUUAGGGGAAAUCUAUUUCACUGUAUGUCUGAUUCAGCUAUAAUUAACUUGUUUUUUUAUCUUUUGAAAUAGCUAAUAAGUCUUCUGAAGGACUUUGUUGCCAACUGCUUUCAUAAAGAAAGUCAAAGAAUUGAUUUGUACCCCUGCUCUACCUGAAUGUGUAUGCAUUUAUAAUCAGUAGAAAAUUACAUUAAUCAUGUUUUAGUCACCAGAUUUAGUGAAAAUUAUAUACAGAGAACAUUUUCUAUACUAAAAGUUUAUGUGCUUGUGAUCUGCAUCUUGAAAUUCAAAAUAAACACUGCAAACAUG